UAUAAUUUUUUUUACAUUUAGGUUCUACUGUAGAGGGCUGAGAGAAGGUAGAUGGUGGAUGUGAUGAAAUUAGUGAGAAAUUUGUUGCAGACACUGAUUCUCGUUUGGUUGCAAAUAAAUAUAAUUAUAGUGACAGUGAAUCAAUUAUUAAUAGCAGUAAUAGUAGCAAUGACAAUCUUUAAGCAGCAAGAGAAUAUGUUAAUACCUGUGGUAAAUGGUAUGUCAAAAAGAGGGGUUAUGUUUUCAUAAAUUCUGGUGAUUAAAUAGUGGUGAAUGUUUCCAGGACAUUUUCUCUGUAUCAAUCUUUCAUCAAUACAGAAUAACCAUGAGUGAAAUUACUAGAAAUAAUUUUGAACAAAAGUAUCCUAAAAUAGUAGAAAGUUUGAGAAAUGCUGUUUUCAUUGCUGUGGAUACUGAAUUCACAGGUCUUCUAUCUGACCCAGAUUUUAAAGCCAGCUUAUUUGACACCAGUAAUGAAAGAUAUGACAAGUUACGCCGAAGUGUGCAGCACUUUAUUAUAAUGCAAAUUGGGAUAUGUACCUUCAGAUUUGUUCAGGACAAAAAUAAAUAUGAAGCCAGCAGAUACACAUUCUAUAUAUUUCCAAAGUCUUUUGCAUCUGUGGAUAAUAAAUUCAUGUGUCAGGCAUCAUCAUUGGAAUUUCUUUGCCAACAUGAUUUUGAUUUUAAUAAGUUUGUAUAUGAAGGUGUCCCAUACCUGAACCAACAGCAGGAAGCUCAUUUACGCAAGCAAUUGAAUGAAGGUUCUCUGUUCCGUCAUUUGGAACGUACCAUAUCACUGGAAAAUGAGAGGUCUAUACAGUUGGUAUGUUCUCGUGUGGCCGAAUGGUCUGCCAGUGCUGUGCUCGGAGAUGUACUAGAGCUGAGUGACAUGGACGUCUGCAAAGGAGAGAAACCGCUGGCUUACGUCGUGCACAAGGAACUUCGACAAAGAUUUCCCAAUGUUUGGACCUUCCCGGAUAGUGGAUUUAUAAGAGUUCAGAAGAUAUCUGAAGAGGAGAGAAAGGCACGUGAGGGAAGCAAAGAUGAAAAUGAAAGCUUGGAAGCAGACUUGAUGGAUUCGCUGCUCGGAUUCUCUCGAUUGUUUAAACUGCUGGUAGAACUUCAGAAGCCCAUUGUUGGACAUAACUUUCUGAUGGAUCUCAUGAUUAUGUACAGCCAGUUCCAUGAACAAUUGCCUACUCAGUUAAGCGACUUCAAGGAGAAAAUUCACAGAAUGUUCCCAGUAAUUUAUGACACUAAAUACCUCAGUUUUGAGAUAAAGAAGAUAAUGAAAAGAGAAGGUAUGUGGGAAUCAAAUAUUUUGAGUCACCUGUACCAUUUCUUCAAAGAAGGCCGCGGAAGAUAUUUUGUGUUGUUCUCGCCCGUUAUAGAAAUUAAAAAUGAAGCUGAAAUUCAUGAUCCACAGAUGAAGGAUCAGGAAGUAAGGGCUGAUGAGUCAGGACGGAAUCAGGAUCUUGAUGUGAAAUUUCAUGAAGCAGGGUGGGAUUCCUUCUGCACAGGAUAUUGUUUUAUUCGGCUGGCGCACAUAUUUGCUCAUGUGACCCUAGAUUGUGUUUCUGAAGGAAGAAUGCUAACGAGCAGAGAACUUCUGUCAGGUGCCGCGUCCAAGAAGAAUUGUGUGAAUUUAAUUCGAGCCAGUGUAUCCCACAUUUGCUUGGACGGUCCUGAUCCUGCAUCCGAGAAGCCACAAUGGAUUCAUGUUCAGACAAAGACUUUCCAAGCCAUUGACAUCUCAAAGGUAGCUGAACUAUUUGCUAGAUUUGGCGCAGUGGACGUGAAGCCAUUUACCAGAUUCAGGGCACUAGUAGCCGUGGGGAACUGCAGAAGUGCCAGUGACAUCGUGACACAAUUUCAGAAGCACAGAGACUUUAACGUGAGCUAUUAUCACCCCAUUCGUCAUUCGCCUGUUUUACGGGGAUUUCUGUGGACUGGAUUAGUUGUAUCAGGUGGGAUUUUUGCCUGCCUUCUGUUUAAAGAAUUCGACAGAAUCACAAAGUCCUAGUGCUGCUUAGCAACCACAAGCAGCAUGACGCCAUGAAUCCUGCAGCAGAAGCAACAGAAUGUUUAAAACGACAAGAAAAAUGUUACCUGCGUCAGCAUCAAAGUUGGAGAAGGGACUUGUCCGUUCUAUCAUCAUUUACGCCAAAUUUUUAGUGAAAACACAAAGCAUGUCAUUAUUCUAAUUGCAAUAGGCUGAAAUACGUAAAUUUUAUCUUGGAAUUAAUUGCAUUUAAUUUUGAAUAAAUUCAGCAGUCUUUUGUAUUUAUUUCGUAUGCGGAACGCAUACUUUGCUGUUUUGUUAUAAAACACUUAAUGGUUUAUGCAGGUAGGUGAUUUAUGUUAAAUAAAGUGAAGUAUCAUUUCUUAA